AUGCGAAUUAUAAGUUCUUCGUUUAAGGAAUAUAUUGACGAGUUUCCAGUUUCAAGGUGAGGUUUCUGAAAAUUUAGUUUUUUUUUUCUUCUUCUGAAAAUAUCCAUGGCCUUUCUCUGCAAAAUUCUCCGAAUUCUUUUACAGGGUGGGGAAUAAUUAUUGAUACACAUUAAAAAAGUCCCCGUGUUCAAAAAAGGACGUAGAUGAUUAUUUUAUCCGUCUCAACUCUUUUCUAGAACCUAUAUCAACAAUUUUGUGAAGUAAACACUUUACUAGUUGUCUUCGGUUAGGCUAACCAUGCGCCGGGAUCCGACUCGUUUUUCUGUCACGGUACGCACCUAUUUUUGACUUUGAGCACCAGUAACUUCAGUCAUGAUUUAAAUUUUAUUUAUGUAUUAUGUGGGUUUGAAAGCCCAAAUGUUCCUCUACAAAAUCCAUAGUACAGAUAUCUUCUCAGUCUAUUCUGGUCUUAGAGGGGGACACCUUUCUAACAUGCACUUUUCUCAAUUUUCAUUUUUGAAAUUCAAAAAAUAGGUUUUCAGCUUCCAGAGUGCUGAUUUCUGAUCCAUAAUAAAAUUAUAGGUCAUAAUUUUGAUUUUUAGGACUAUAUACAUGAGUUCCAAUUUAUAUAUCAAAAUUCAAAACGUUUCACACAAGCUUGUGCUCAAAAAAGUGCAAAAAACUUAAUUUCUUGGUUGAAAACAUUGCCCCCAUUCUAGAUGUGUCUCCCAAAACUUUAGAAAUCAUAUCAAGCUGAAAUUUUCUACUCAAAGACAUCUUGAAUCAUUUCCAAAAGAAAUAUUACCAUAUUCUAAUGAAUAAAAAAACAUAAUGUGAGUUGAAGAAAAUUUCAAGAAGUCAAAAAUAGGUGCGUACCGUGACAGAAAAACGAGUCGGAUCCCGGCGCAUGGUUAGCCUAAACGAAGACAACUAGUAAAGUGUUUACUUCACAAAAUUGUUGAUAUAGGUUCUAGAAAAGAGUUGAGACGGAUAAAAUAAUCAUCUACGUCCUUUUUUGAACACGGGGACUUUUUUAAUGUGUAUCAAUAAUUAUUCCCCACCCUGUAAGAUCAAAAAAUCAAUUCUGGAAGGAAGUUUUUUUUAAACAUUUUCUUUUCUUCUCUUCUCUCAUAAUUUCAUAAUAGAACAAGGUCAAUUUUUUCUAGAUUUUUUUGUUUGGUGAUUAAUAACAUUCGCUUUUCAGGUUUUGACCUAGUCUUUAGAUGAUAGUUUUUCCGGGAAAAAAAUAACAUCUGGAGCAGAAUAAAGAGAAAAUGAACUUUAAGUAACAUUCACAGAAAAUGGAAAUAAAAGUUGAGAUCACAAGAAAAAACAUAUUCGAUAUAGCUCUAAAAAAAAUUAAAUAUGAAUAUCAAGAAAGAAUUUUUCAAUGUCGAAUAUAACCCUUUUCUGGAUGCUCUUUGGGCUUUAUUUCAUUAUUCAUCCUACUUUCCUUCUCAAAAAACUAAUCAAAAUCUUCCAGUGCUGGUAAAUCGGAAGUUUCGGAUGCCAGAAUUACCAACGAUAAUCUGUCAGUCAGAGUGCAGUAUGAUAAUAUUGGAGAUUAUGAUUCAAAUGACUUUUAUGAAACAGAGGUUAAUUUUUCAGUUUUUUUCUAACUUACAUUCAAUCAUUUUCAGCUUCCAAACAAUGGAAUCGCGUUGAAGUAUUUCAAAACAUCAACAUUUAUAUAUGAGAAGUCAACAGUUGUAAAUACUUCAAAAAAUUUCAAACAGUUUUUUUCGCAAAUUAAAACAUUCAUAUUUAAAUCAGACAACUUUGAUAUACUCUGCGAAUAUAUUAGCAUUAUGCCAAAAUUGAAUAAUUUAGUUAUUGAGAAGAAGAUUUCAGAAAAUCAAGUUAUCAAAGUUUUGUCAUCGAUUAAGAUCAAUAAACAAACAUCAUUCUCUUUAUCGUGAGUCAUUUUUUCUUGAUAAAAUUAUUUGAAGUUUAUUAAUUAAUUUCCAGAUUUGAUAAUGCAUCAUUAACUCGAGAUAUCAUUGAUAUGUUUUUAAACGUCGUUGACAGUGUUGAAGAGCAUGAUUUAUAUGUUUAUCCAGGAAUGUGUGGAAGCAGUGAUCCAAUCACAAAUGAUGCUCAACAAUAUUAUGUUGAUCUUCGAUUGAAACAGAACAAAUUACCGCAAUAUCUCAAAGUUUAUUAUUCUAAUUGA